AUGGCGCCGGAAACUAGCAAGCUGGAUGUACCAGCUCGCCUCAAGGAUGUUGAACUCAUCGAGCGCGUGCUCCGCCCUAAGAUCGCCGGCGAGGCACUGGACGACGAUGUGGCUCAUCUCUUCCACUACGCCGACCUCUACUCCGCCACCCCAGAGGAGCUAGUGGUUGACCACCCGCGGGGACCGCGUAACAACUGGUAUUUCCUUAGCCACGAGCACUACCGCGGCGGGAGGAAACUGUUGCGCCGGCAUCACCAUGGUGGCUGGUGGAGACCGUGCACGCGCAUGGAGGUGGUGGGAGACAACGGCCUCGUCGGAUACCGCAGGUAUAACUUCUACAUGGUGAACAAGGUCAAGACGAAGUGGGUGAUGAUCGAGUACAGCGUUCCCCAAGAUCAACAAGAAGAGGGCGAGGAGAUGGUCCUGUGCAAGAUGCGCAAAUACGGUCGACACUCGAGACGCGUGCGAGCAAGAACCGUCUAA